ACCGUAUCGUUUAGUAUCGAUUGAACCGCGGAACUGAUAAUUACGCGCUCGGAUUGAAAGUGUGGAUCGCGAUGUCGAUGACCAUGUAGCAGUUUAUGGAUAUUGCUUUCGGAUUACAGUGAAUGUAGAACAUAGUCGAUAAAGUAGAUUCGGAAUUGGAAGCAUCCUUUUGCUCAACCGUUGCAAGAUGGUAUUCCAAAACUAUGGAGUGUUCAGGGCAUUCGCCAUAUUUGCGGGAAUUUUCGGAAUCAUUCAAUCGCUCAUUUGGAUUGGCUUUGCGAUUACCGGAAUAGUGGCGUUCUACUGCGAUAUGGACUUCUCUGGUCAAACAAACACACUUGGUUCGUUGCUAACCCUAACGUUCUUCCGCCAGUACUUCGAAGGAACAUGUGAAAUUGAUAUCCCUCUCAUCGACAUGACAGUCGUGCGGGAGUUGAACCUGCUUUCACCAGGGGAUCUACACGCCUGGGUUUGGGUCUACCUCAUCCUCCAUAUAUUUUGGGCGGUCAGCUCUCUCACACUACUCACCAAUGCUCGAAAGAAGUACGUUCGAUACAUCAACAUAUUCUUGUACAUCUGGAUCGCCUUCACGGUGACGAUAAGUGUCCUGGACUUGGCGCUAGGAAUUCAAUUCGCCGUAGAUUAUGACACUAUAAUUAGCGCUCUGUUCCUACGCGCCUACCCAGCUCCGACCCCAGCAGAUGAGGUCCUCGUGACGGCAGCGACAGCCUCCGGUAUAAUGCUGGUAAUGGCCUUCCGUGGUUUCAUCAUUUGGAUCAUCAACGUCACGUUGGUCGUGUACCUGUUCACGCAGACCUUCACCAUCUACGACUACAAUCAGUUCCGGCAAAAGAGCGGUUCCACGAACGCUGCAUUUGUCGGGGAUAAUGGCGGACCGCGUCGAGCGCCAAUAGAUGCUUAUGACAUGAGUCAAUCGCAACGCCACAUCCAAGAAGACGUUCGCCGCCCGUAUAAUCCACCGACUAACUACCGUCGACCGUUGGAUCGUAUCUCUGAGCAACCGACCGAAAUCAUCGAACGACCAAUUCAACAGCAGACACAGCAAGACUACUCCAACCAAUCCAGAUCGUACACGCCUCAGCCUAGCACUUCCGUAGCACGCACUUUCGAACCUCUCGCCAGACAGCCUUCCGCCGAACCAGAAGAGAUUCGUCCCGAUCCACCAAAGCCGAUUCCACCUCCUCCACCACCGAAGAACUUCAACAUGAAUACCGUCGUACGAAGGGAUGCUGCCGCAGCCAAGGUUGCCCAGGAGCUGAACUAUCGCAACAGUUUUAACGUCACUGGACCGGGUAAUGGUUUGCGGACAUUUGCCCCAGCCCCUCCGCCUCCCGUCAAUAACGACUCGGAUCUUCCGACGCCCAACUACAGCCCUCCGAUGCCAAGGGUGAAUCCCUUCGAAAACCGACCUCCUUUGAGAUCGGUCCUCAGGAAUAGCAGAUACCAGUAAUACGCAAAAGCUAGUCGACGUCUGUCUUCCGAAUGCAACAAACUCGUUUACUUAUGUUAAUUAGAAGUUAAAUAAAGAAAACACUAUUGUAAUGGAA